AUGUCCACAGACCGGAACACCGCGCUUGUCGUCCGCGUCGACGGGUCUCCGCGCCUCUCCAAAGAAGACAUCCCAAGGCCUCGCCCCAGCCCCAACCAGGUCGUCGUGAAACUUUCCCAUGUCGCCCAGAAUCCAACAGACGUGCAAUCCUUUGACGGCAACGCCUUUGGAGACGGAGCCGUUCUUGGGUGCGACUUUGUUGGAGAGGUCAUUGACCUUGGAAGCGGCGUUACCCGACUUGCCAAGGGCGAUGUCGUCGCGGGACUCGUUUGGGGUGGCGAAGUCAAGGGUCUCGGCGCCUAUAGCCAGUAUUGUCUUGCAGACGAGCGCAUCUACUUCAAGGUGCCUGGAGGCAUUACUCGCGCGCAGGCCGCGACUAUCCCUCUGGCGGCGGCCACCGCGUGGUUAGCUUUGUUCUCGGAGGACUGUCUUGCUCUUGACCGUUCCCAGGGCAAGGGCAGCAGUGUUCUUGUUUGGGGUGGUAGCUCGAGCGUUGGCCUAUAUGCCAUCCAACUAGCAUCUUACUUUGGCUUUGAGGUGGUCACCACCUGCAGUCCCAAGCACGCUGAUCUUGUCCGUUCACAUGGUGCCAAGCAUGUUUUCGACUAUAAGGAUGAAAAGGUUGUGGAGAAGAUCAAGUCUGCCGCACCUAGUCUUUCGCAUGCCUUUGACACUAUUGGAAGCAAGGGCUCAUCAGCUCCUGCCUCCUACUCAUUCUCUUCAGGCCCAGGAACGAUCUGUACCGUGCGCCCGGGCAAGGCAAACACCGACGAUGUCCUCCACGGCACCCGGGUCACAGACGUGUUGGUGUGGACGGCGUUCUUGAAGGACCACGCCUAUGGAGAAUUUAAAUGGCCUGCAUCUAAGCACGACCAUGAACUCGCUGCCGAGCUAUUUCAGAAAAUCCCCGCCUGGCUGGGGACGGGCGAUCUGAAGCCCAAUACGCCAAAGGUGCUUCCCGGGUUAGAUGCGGUUUCGGAUGGAUUUCAGGAAUACAGGGACGGAAAGAUCUCUGCUUACAAGAUAGUCUACGAGCUAGGCGCGUUUGAUCCAUAG